CGGCUUUAAGAGAACCGCUGGUUCUUAAAGCUGCGGCUGGCUCCUCCUUCCGCCUAUGAUGUCAGUUGGAGGGAGAGCGAGAGGGAGAGAGAGGUGGGCAGCAUUGAGGAGCUGAGUUCAUACUAUACUACUGAGACAUCUACAGCUUAGCAGACAGAUACGGUGAACCGCCUAUCCCGGCUUCUGUAAGUGAUGCUGCACUGAGGCACACUUUGAUCCAACUCCACUGGGGGGUGAUGCGCUCUCUGCAUUCCUCAUUUAAGAGUUUUUUAUCUGUGUGCGGAGCCUGAAAUCAGUCCAAACAACUGACUGUUGAAUAAAUUAGCUUCAAAAUUUUAGUUGUUCAUUAGUGGUAUAUAUAUAUUUCUUUUUUUUUUUUUCAUUCUCUUUAUGUCUGCGCCCUUAUGGAUUGAAGUUGUAAUGUUCGUAUAAAGAGGCGUUUAGCACACGUGGGUGUUGUUUCAGCGUGAAAACCGCUGAUUUUCAAGGCAAAUUAGGCUAGAGAUACAAAGUUUAUGUAAAGCAACCAUGGAUAACUGCGUAUAUCCGGCUGUGGGAUUUUGAGUCCAAGACAUCCGAAGAGGAAUUACAGCCUCCCUUUUUAAAACAAAACAAAAAACAAAACAAAACAAAAAAACACGAAGUUGAUUUUUUUUUUAAACGCAAGGAUCACAUUUUUUUAGCUCUUGGAUAAGUUUUUGUAGUGGAUUUUUUUCCUACUUCGCUCGUGUUUUCCUGCAGAGUCAGAUGAGGAUCUUUUCUCCCCGUUUUCCCCACUUCAGAUUAAUUCAUGGCACUUCUUUUUUGUAAGUCAGAGAUGCCUCUUCGCGGCGAUACUCACGGUUAAAUUUUCAUCAUCUCCAAACACAGAAGAAAAAGUUGCAGCUAUAGAAGUGAAGCUCACACCACAUUUUUGAGCAUGAACUUGGCAAGUCAGGUACAUGUUCUGGUGGCCUUGCUCACCUGUUUGGUCUUAUUAUGCAAGGCCCAGGAGAGGGACUACAUCGUGAAGGAGGAACAGCCGGAGAACGUUCGCAUUGGGAAUCUGCGCAAGGACCUCGACCUUAACCUGGACCCCACCAUCAGGCUGUCCUCUCCGCUGCAGUUCAAGCCUGUGUAUAAGACGGGCGAUGUGCCUUUGGUGCGGGUGGAGGCAAACACGGGGGAGAUUUUUACCACCAAUCACAGGAUUGACCGGGAGAAGCUGUGCUCGGGGGUCUUCACGGAGAAACGGUGCUACUAUGAGAUUGAGGUGGCAGUGCUGCCCGACGAGAUCUUUCGAUUGGUUAAGAUCCGGUUCCUGAUCGAGGAUGUGAAUGACAAUGCACCCCUUUUCCAGUCCACGGUAAUAAACAUUUCCAUCCCUGAGAACACAGCCAUCAACACCCGAUACCCGGUGCCAUCAGCAUUUGACCCUGAUGUGGGAAUCAACGGGAUCCAACACUACGAGCUGGUCAAGAGUGUCAAUGAGUUUGGCUUAGACAUCAUUGAGACCCCUGAAGGUGACAAGUGGCCACAGCUUAUUGUUCAGCAGAACCUUGAUCGGGAGCAAAAGGACACCUUUGUGAUGAAGAUCAAGGUGGAGGAUGGUGGCAACCCCCCUAAAUCUAGCACUGCCAUUCUCCAAGUUACCAUUUCUGAUGUCAACGACAAUCGUCCUAUCUUCAGGGACAGCGAGUUGGAAGUCUCAGUUCCAGAGAACACUCCGAUGGGGACUUCGGUGGCUCAGCUUCACGCCACAGAUGCAGACCUAGGUUUCAAUGCCCAGGUCCACUUUUCAUUCAGCAACCAAAUCUCCUCCUCUACCAAGCGCCACUUUGCCAUCAAUAGCUCCUCUGGACUGAUUACUGUAAAGCAACCUCUAGACCGGGAGGUUACUCCUGUUCAUAAACUCAUUGUUCUUGCGAGUGAUGGCAGCUCAACCCCAUCAAGAGCCACAGUGACUGUCAAUGUCACAGAUGUUAAUGACAAUGUUCCUUCCAUAGACACUCGCUACAUUAUCAACCUGGUAAAUGGGACUGUCCUACUGUCUGAGAAUGCUCCUCUCAACACCAAAAUAGCCCUUAUUACUGUUACUGACAAGGAUGCAGAUCUGUAUGGCAAAGUGGCUUGCUACACUGACCAUGAUGUUCCUUUCCGGCUAAAGCCUGUCUUUAAUGAUCAGUUCUUACUGGAGACAGCUGCCCCUCUAGAUUAUGAGACCACUCGUGAAUAUGCUAUUAAGAUAGUGGCCUCAGACAGAGGAACGCCUCCUUUGAACACUUCAGCUAUGGUUUUAAUUAAAAUCAAGGAUGAGAAUGACAACGCACCCAUCUUUCCCCAACCUGAAAUUCAACUUUCAAUACCAGAGAACAAUGAUGCCUCAACUCAGUUAAUAAAAAUCAGUGCCACUGAUGCAGAUAGUGGACAUAAUGCUGAGAUUAUUUAUACUCUUGGCCCUGAUGCACCGGAUGGGUUUAACAUAGACAGGCGGUCAGGGAUUCUCUCUGUUGGGAAGCGAUUGGACAGAGAAAAGCAAGACAGGUACUCAUUCACCGUCAUAGCAAAAGACAAUGGCUCAUCCCCCUUGCAGAGUAAUGUCACUGUUAGGCUAAUUGUCCAGGACCUCAAUGACAACAGCCCAGCUUUCACUCACCCUGAGUAUAACUUCUAUGUGCCUGAGAACCUGCCUCUCUAUGGGACAGUGGGUUUGAUCACAGUGACAGAUGCAGAUGCUGGAGAUAAUGCUAUAAUCACCUUGUCCAUUUUGAAUGGCAAAGAUAAUUUCAUCAUUGACCCUCAAACUGGUGUGAUCAAACCAAAUAUCACCUUUGACAGGGAGCAGCAAAGCUCCUAUACAUUCAUGGUCAAAGCAGUUGAUGGAGGGCAGCCUCCAAGUUCCUCCUACGCCAAGGUCACAAUUAAUGUUGUCGAUGUGAAUGACAAUCGCCCUGUGUUUGUUAUCCCUUCCUCCAAUUACUCAUAUGACCUGGUGCGAACCACCACUACUCCAGGUUCUGUGGUCACCAGAGUGUUUGCCAUUGACAAUGACACUGGUAUGAAUGCUGAGUUGCAGUACAGUAUCAUCAGCAGCAUUAUCAUCACAUCUAGGGUCUCCCCUAGAGGUCUCUUUUCCAUCGACAAAACAACGGGUAACAUAACGCUGCAGGAGAAAAUAGUACUAGCUGAUCAGGGACUGCAUAGGCUGGUGGUGAAGGUCAAAGAUUUAGGCCAGCCUGAGUCAUUACACGCUAUUUCACUUGUACACUUGUUUGUCAAUGACACUGUGUCAAAUUCUACUUUUAUCCAAGAGCAGCUGCAGAAGAGUAUGGAAACACCACUGGAUCGUAAUAUAGGGGACAAUGAGAUAACGCCUCAAGCUAAUGGAUAUUUAAUUGUUGUUAUAGCAAUCAUUGCAGGGACCAUGACUGUUAUUUUGGUGAUAUUUGUCACUGCUUUGGUGCGUUGCCGGCAAACACCUAGACAUAAAGUAGUCCAGAAAGGCAAGCAAAGUGGGGAGUGGGUGUCACCCAACCAAGAGAACCGUCAGAUCAAGAAGAAGAAGAAGAGAAAGAAGCGAUCCCCUAAGAGCCUUCUCCUGAACUUUGUGACCAUCGAUGAAUCCAAGCCCGAAGACUCCACACAUGAGCAUGUUAAUGGUACUCUGGAUCUUCCGGUGGAGCUGGAGGAGCAGACCAUGGGAAAGUACAAUUGGGCGACCACGCCUACGACCUUCAAACCUGACAGUCCAGAUUUAGCCAAGCAUUAUAAAUCUGCAUCCCCUCAGCCCACUUUUCAAAUCAAACCAGAAACCCCAGUGGCCCCUAAGAAACACCACGUGAUCCAGGAGCUCCCCUUGGACAAUACGUUUGUGGUGGGCUGCGACUCACUCUCCAAGUGUUCAUCGACUAGCUCCGACCCGUACAGUGUCUCAGAGUGCAGCUGUCAGGGGGGAUUCAAGACUGCAGGGCAAAUCGCCACCCGGCAGAACCCGGGCCAGACACCAGAGAAGUCUUUUAACUCUCCACCACCCAUUUGUCCUCAUAAGUCACCAGAUCUCAAUCCAGUAGAGCACCUCUGGGAUGUGGUGGAACGGGAGAUUUGCAUCAGGGAUUUGCAGCCGACUAAUCUGGAGCAACUGUGCGAUGAGGCCUGUCAACUUGGCAAGAUAACCUCCAUGAAUACCCAACGCCGUGUGACCUUCCAUCUUCCAGAUGGUUCCCAGGAAAGUUGCAGUGACAGCGGGCUGGGGGACCUGGAUCCCAGCAGCACAGCCAGCGCCAUGCAACCUCUCCCCCUUAGUUUCCCCCAAGAUGAGUACUAUGAGCAAACAUCGCCUAACAGUCGCACAGAGGGAGAUGGAAACUCAGAUCCUGAAUCUACCAUCGAGGUAAAUUUGAAAAAAGCUUUGGCUGAGGCCUCUGAGACCUGCACCCAGGAGUGUCUGAUACUGGGCCACUCUGACAGCUGCUGGAUGCCCCCAACCCUGGCCCAGUUCCAGAGCCCUGGCAGCAACAGCCCCACCCCAACCACCACCACCAUCACUGCUGCAUUCCCCUCCUUUGGCUUUCAGGGAGUAAAAGCUAACAUAGGCGGCAUGGGGGUCAUGGAUGGCCGCCACACUCUGGGCAGGUCUGUGCCCAAAAGAGAUGAACUGGACAAAGGGUUCCACCGGCCACAGUUCUACAACACCCUGGAUAGACACUGCAGCAGUAAGAAGGAGGACCCGGUGAAGGUCAUCCCACUGGCAAGUUUCUCCUCGCCUGGGCAGCACACUCCUACUGGUGGCAGCAGCUCUUUCCUACAUGAGCACCAGCUGUAAGAGACAGAUCUUCACUGGCCUGACUUAAAGUAAAUAAAACUCCAUUUAUAGAUGGCUUGAGACUUAAUAAUUGCUAUGUACGCAUACCUCUAGAGGUAUGUGUAAUUUCAAUAACUUUGAUCAGCGCAAGCUCAGUUUUACCAAUGAAGACACCUGAGAAUGAAUGAAACUACGAUGAUGUUGUUCAGACACAAUUAAAUGAAAUCAAUCUGACAGCUUUUGCAUUUGAAAGGAACGAAAGGCUAAACUCAUCAUCCCCUUGUGUUAUAAAUAAAAAGUAGUUCUAUACCAAAGUAGAUCAAUUACAGAAAAAGAGCAUUUCUUUGCUUUUUCUUUAGUGAUGUUUGCUGUGAUAAGGAAAUGGGACCUGUACACUUUAAGCCUCACAGGCCUAGCUUACAAUGACGGUGUCCUAAAAGACUAAUUUCUGGCAAAGAUGCAAACGCUAAUACAGUACUUUGUGUUAUGAGUGAGCUAAAUCAGGCUAAAUGUUAAUUAUGAGCUCUGGGCUGGUGGUGUUUAUGUUGAAGUUCUAGUGAAGUAUUCCUCUUUAUAACAAGUGUACCAAACUCCUUUGGCAGUGAGAGAUGUUGUUACCCAAAGUGUUUUAGAAGUCUAUUUUAGUCAGGGGACUGCAGAAGGGUUAAAAAAAAAAAGGAAAAAAUAUCCACAAAGCAAAUCUAGGCCAAUAGUAGACUUGUAUUUUCAUCUUUUGCACUCUACAUUUUCAUCAAGGACCAGAAAACAAACAACAUUUUCAAAACAACACAAACUACUUGUUCAUGCACAUAUGCAUACUCAAGAUGUUUUCCAUAUGGUCAUUGCAACAUUACUGCCAACUCCUUUAAAUGUUUACUCACAGCAUUAUCACUGUAGCUUGAUCUUGAAAGACAAAAAAAGAUGUGCUUUGGAAAUGUAGCUUUUGUUUUUUUUUUCCUUUUGUUUACAUUAUUCCAGUUUUGCUGCUCAGAAACUCUUCAUAAAAUCACAUAUGGAGCGAAAAAAUGGCAGUCUCAACAUAAUUACAUUGAUGUGUUAUUUCCGUUGUGAACCAUAUUGUGGUUAGGAAGCUUGGAGAGAUUCUAUUGGUAACCCAUCAAUAGAUACAAAGGCGAAGAAAAAAGGUAACAAAAGCUCAAAGAGUGCAGUUUUUAUAUAACACUGUUAAUAACACCAGUGUUUCAACAUCAGUUGCUGCGGGUUGAUGCGUUUCUAAGAUCAGCGUUUACAUUUUAUUGGCACUAGAAAAAAAAAUACAAGCCUGUUUGAAUUUCAACAACAUCAAGGGUCUAAGUGAAUUAUUUUUGCUUUCUGUGCUUUCUGUGCUUUUUAUUAAAAUAAACGCUGGGAUUUAUUUAAGAGGUGUCCUCUGCCGGUCAUCCCUCACACAGUUAAAAAUGGCAUCUCUGCCCAAACAUGCAAAGUUACUCUGAUGAUAAUAACAAAUUCAGACUAACUUGUAACAGAUUGGGUGCAGCAUACUGUAUUGCCACACCAAUAGGUAACUUUGCUGAUAUCCAUUUAUCUUUCCUGUACCAUCCAAGCCAGGUGUCAACAUCAUCAGGUAUAUGACUCAUGCAAUUCAUUUUUUGUUGCAUCUUGCAAAUUGGGAGCAGGCCUAAAUCUAUAAUGUAGUGCCAUAUCCUCGAGGGAAGGUGCAAGGCAAAUUGUGUUUGUAUGCUUUGAGCUAUUCUACUCUCUCAAAUAAUGCUUCUUAACAAUAUAAAGGGGAUUUAUCUGAUAUUCACUGAAAUGAUCACUUAAGGGAACAGUGUGUCAAGGACAAAGAAAGGGCAGUUCAAUUUCACCUGAGUCAAUUAUGAAAAUGAAUUGAAUUCAAAACAGUCAACUUAGCUAUACCCUUCUAUGCUCAUCUGUUUGAGAAAAUGUCCCAAUCUCAAAACCCAAUUUCAGCUAAUUUACCAAUUAUUUUACUUUUUUCCAUCUUGCUCUACUUUCCCCUCUUCUCCCAUUGUUUUAGCAGACUAAAUGGUAUUACUAAUGUAUUUUUAAUCAAAAGGAUCACAUAUCAAAUGGAACAUACAUCAUAAUGUCAGGGAAACGUUUAGUUUUUUCAGUAGGCUAAACACAGAUUCAUCUCCACAUAUCAGACACUUAAUAAAUAUUCAUAAUUAUUUGUAGUCUCUUACCACCCUUUAAUUUGUGUGGUAGAUACAUCUGUUAAAUACACUCCACUAAGACAAAAAUAUGAAAUAACCAUUAGAUAUUUUUAAAGAGAGGUCUUAAAAAUAUUUUUUUUGUUGGAUUGUUUAUAGAUAUAAUACUGAAAAUUGUCCUUUGCCCUACUCCCUCUACCUAAAUAGAGAGACUACACUCAAUUGCCAAUCUAUUAGUUGCACCAAGAUCAUAAAGAGGCAAAAGUAGCUCAAAUAACUACCAUUACAACCAAGAUCUCUGAAUUACUGUCUGAACACAAAGCCUGUUGGAUUUUGAAGCAAAUAAGCUACAGAAGUAGACACUGGGAGACCCUCCUGUCAACUGACAACAUUUUGAUGAAUUUGGGGUAAACAACAUGAAGGCAUACACAUUUAACAGUUAAGGCUGGUGAUGGUGGUGUAAUGGUGUAGGGAAUAUUUUCUGGACACACUUUCAGCCCAUUAGUAGCAAUAGGACAUUAUUAAAAUCAACUGCUAACCAUCCCUUUGUCCAUCCCUUUAUGACUACAUUGUACCUAAGUUUUGAUAGCUACUUUCAGUUGGAAAAUGCACCAAGUCUGGUUUCUUGAACAGAGCAAUGAAUGCAUUGUACUCCAAUGGCCUCUACAUUCACCAAAUGUUAAUCCACUGUAGCACCUUUGUGGUAUGGUAAAGGAGGAUAUCCAAAUGCUAUCAUGUCAAUAUGGACUAAAAUCUCUGAGGAAUGUUUCUAAUAUAUUGCUGAAUGGAUUCCAUAAAUAAUUAUCGAUAUUCUGGAGGCAAGGGGGUGGGGUACCUAAUAAAGUACCAAAAGUGUGCUUAAUAAAGUGGCCAGAGAGUGUAUAUCUGGUAUAAGAAUGGAAUGCUAUACCCACUGUUGCACUGUAAUUAAAAUGUGAUUGUUUUAAUUGCUAUAUUCUUUAACAUGUUUUAAGUAAACACACAAUUUCCCAUCUACAACAUAUGUAGCUUCUUUAUGCUGCAGUGUUGCCACAGCCGCUUGUGGUGAAAGAGGGGUGUGAUAAAAUAACAGCAUGAAUAUAAACCUGUAAGGAUGUUGUUUUGAUACAAAGAUCAAUUCUUAGUUUCUCUUUUGUUCCUUAAAACUAGGCUGCAUUUGGUUUUAUCUGAUGUAUUAUUUAUUUUUUAGAACAAAAGGCAUAUAAUUUGUAUGCCCACUGAUGUAAUUAUUAUUUUCCAAUACCAGACAGCUUUGAGGACCUGGUUUCUCUUUGUCAAGAUUACUCUGUUUCUAGAAUUAUUGAAAAAGUCAAAAUGAUUAAUGCUCACAAGUUUUCACUUCACAUGAUACUGCUCUGAAUGUUUUCAUAAUUUUUCAUUGUCAUUCCACUGCAAAGACAGAAAACUGAGAAAAUGUUUUAUAAAACAGCAAAGUAUUUCCUCCUUUUCCAGAUUCCUUGAUAAGGAGGAGUGUUAUUGGUCACCAUGUCAACUCUGUGUCAUAGUUUGCAUGAACUGUUUGGAUUCUGACAAGACAUUUUGACAUUUUUGGACUGCGUGCUUCAUGCAUCCAUAUGUUUAGAAUCAGUGUCUUUGUAGAUAUAAACUUCUCUUCCUGUUCUGUGCAAGAGAAAUGUUAUACAGUGUACACAUCCAAACCUUGUGAAGUCACCAUACCACUUAUACCUCUACAGAUUCACAAAUAUCAAAUAUCUAUACAGUCAGUUGAUCUGGAUUUGAAAUUGUACAUAGUGGAACCCCUAACAAAUGAUAAUGGUUGCAAACUUGAAAGACUUGAAAAAACUGGAAAUUACUUUGUCCACAGCAAGCAAAAAGACAAAAAAAAAAAAAUGAGAUGAUGUGAUGAGAUGACAAUCUCUGUUGUAUUGAAUACAUAUGCAUAAUAUUCAUGAGACUGAAUGUGUUUGUAGGUGAUUUUGUGUAUGAGCAAGAGAGCACGUGUCUCUUUGCAAGUAUGCUUGUAUGUAUGUAAGUGUGUGUACGGCCACACACCUUGUUGGACAAUUUUAUGUAUACAAAUGUAUCUUGUACAAAAAGAAUAGAAAACAACAUGAUAAAAGACUUAAGUAUAUGCUUGUAAAUUAGUCAUGUGUGAGUCGGGUCAAGUUUGUUUUGAGAGAAGGCUUCAAUGCUUGCCAGGAAAUCUGUAUUAGUCCAUUAAAGCUAUACAGUCUGUGUUGUCAUGCCUUUGUAAGAUAUCCCACUUAAUUCUAUGAAAAAAAACCUUGCAUAUGGUAAAAUGAUUUUUCAUGUCAAUUCAUUUUAAUUGAGCCAUUAAAUAUUGAGACCUCAAA